GCUCAUUUCAUGUGGUUUUCAUCACUGAAUUGAGGCAUUGAUUUAGGAACAGGUUAAAUUAAAAAAAAAUAGUGAGUGGUUAGUGAAUUAAAUUUAGAUUUGUGCUAAUAUUUCAUAUUUUUCAAAAUGGUGUCAAUACAAACAGUGGCUAGUAUUGUGCUAAAAAUUCUUAAAUUGGUUCUAAACUUGAUAAUCCUGAUUAUAUACCGUACUGGUUAUUCUGGUCAAUUUCUGGGAAUUGGUGGGACAUGGAAUCUAAACGAAGAAAAAAAUCCAGAUGUGGAAAUAGUGGCGAGCGGCGUGUUCGUAGGAUAUUUCAUUUAUACAUCUGUGCAAUUGAUGACAUUCUGUUUUGGUACCACUAAACACAAAAGGGAACUAUCAGAUAUCAUAAUGAACGUAGUGGGAACUUUCAUGUGGUUGGCAGUAGGAGGUACUGGUCUGCACUAUUGGAACGGAUACAUGAAUGAGCACCAUUUGCAGCAAGUUACUUCAGAAAGAGAAGUUGGUCUCGCCUUAGGUUCCUUGUGCGUGCUCAGUGGGGCCUGCUAUUUGCUGGACACGGUCUUAGCAUUCGUUCAUUUCGCAAAAGAAUUGUAGAAAAGUCCUCCUAUUAUUUUUCUCAUUUGUAUUUUGUAUAGUAGUUUAGUUCAUUUAAUAUAACAUUACAUUAUUAUCAUUAUUUUUAUAAGUUAUAUCUUUGUAGACCAGGCCAUUUGGCGACAAACAUUAAAAUUCUUUGUAAAUCCUUCUUUAGAUAAUCAAUAUACAAAUUAGGAUAUCUCCGUUAUUUACAAGAUUCGGUAGUUAACAUUUUUAACAAGGCACAUAUUAACUCUUCCGACUCGGAUGCCGCCGUUCCGGCGGCAAAGUUUAUAUAUAUCAUGGAA